AUGUGCAUUUUGCGGUUCAUCCGCGAGGACUACAUUGUCGAGCCCAAGGAGCGCAAGCGCCUCCACAAUGCCGGCGACGGCAAGGGUGCGCCUUCGUUUGAGGAGCAAAAGCGCAUAUGGGACACGCUCAACUUGGGUCUCGAUAGCGCCUUUUUCAACCGCAUCCUCAGCAAACUGCCCUAUAUCCAGCUGAGCUGGUCGCUCAUGCUGUGUGCCCCCUACAUUAUCCACCAAGUGUAUACCCAGCCGGAGUGA